GCUUACUCUCUUGGGUCUAACGGAAAACCAACUCAGAUGAAGUCAGGAGUGUUCAGGUAUGUUUUCCAUGACGGGCAGCCAGGCCAGCUUUACUUCAUUGAGUGCCAUCCCUCGUCCAUUGCUGGGUCCAGCACGGCCCCUGAUCAGCCCCGCCCGACUACGUGUGACGUCUUCCACACCCACAGACAUCUUUAAUCAAAAGUCAUCAAGUGGACCGACCCUUCACACGAACCCUGCCUUUGAUUCAAGAAGCCGACAGUCUCUGCAGUUUCCCAGGCUCCAGACUCAAGUCCGGAACAAUCCCUUCCUUGAGCAGAGCCUCACAACAGAGAGACUGUCUCUCUUCAACUCUCAGAUCUCAGGUAAUACAGUAUCACAACAUCCGUGGCAGACGAAAAGAGACAGUGAGGCAAGUUCUACAAGACAGUUUGACGUCAGUGUGUCCGAGCAGAGCACGAUACAAGCCUCACCACUCAGGAACAGCACUCUGUGGCAGCACGCCAAGUUCGGCCAGACUCAUCUGUCACCAGAUAAACUGUCUCAGUGCAAGUUCACGUCUCAAAAACCUCAGGGUUCUCCCAAGCAGAGCCUUCAGACAGAUGUUUGUAGAGGCCUGACCCGUCCAAGUACACCCAUCAGGAAGUCGCUAUGGCAACAGAACAUCAUGCAGGAGUUGGACAAUCAGGUGACUGUGCCUGUGAUAGAGAACAAUGUGUUUCAGAGGACUGAUACUGGGCCAGUUGUGUCCAGUGCUGUGAAGAGUGCGGAAUCCUGUGUGUUGACUUCCAGCACGAUGAUGUCAUCGCUGGACGAUGACUUUCUGAGACGGAGACAUGUGCAAUCAGUUGAGGAGGAAACUAGUCAGGUGAAAGAGGAUUCCACCAAGUCAUCUGAUUGUCUGGUUGACAGCACAGUCGUCAUUAAACCCAGCAAGCCAAGCAAUCUGAAGACGCUGGGACUUGGGGCUGUCCUGGUCGCUAGUGUUCUGGGGAAUGCUGUUUUGGUGGUGUACUUGUUCAGCAAGAGCUGAAGGAAACAACAGCAUACACUGACAUUUGAUGGCGGCUGUUGUAGGACAGCACUCAGUCUCUGAUGCUCAGGGUGGUUGGGCUGGAAUGACACUAGUCACUGUUCCCGACCAUAAUCGACCAGACUGUUUGUGCCAUUCCUGGAUAUGCAUAUACUGAAUGAGGGAUACUUUUCUCCGUCAUGGCUUGUCAUGAUUUUCAGAGAAAGAGCAAAGAUAUCAUGUGGACACGAUUAUUAACAUCUUUGUGAUAAUGAUAACAUAAGCCAAAUGACAGACAUAUCUUUUGAUCUCAUCUCUGUAAUGUUGAUCAUGAUCAUGUUACUAUGCCUUCCUUUAUUGCAGGGUUGAUAAAUUAUUAUUCAGAUGACCAUCCGGUACACCAUGUGUUGCUAAUUCCUACUUCUCCUUGGUCAUUACCAUGGUUACAAGACCGCACAUGGUUUUCAUUAUAAUUAACUGUUUGGCUUGUGUUCUUUAAAUACAUUUUUUCAGUCAAAUUAAGCAUAAAGGCUUGAUGUGGGAAUACAUUCAGUCAACACACACUGCAUGUGGCACACAGGCCUGUGGAAAACAAUUUUAAAAACGUGUGCCAUUUGUUGACUUUAUCAAGUUAAUGCGAUAUUAUCACAAAAUAUUAUUUAUAGUCCCCCGUAAUUAUAAUUUUUAAUAAAUAGAAAUAGUUUUUUGAAAUGUCACUGUUAUAACCAUAAAACAACUGAAGAAUGACGUGUCACUUGGCAUAUGAUUGGAUCAACCCAAAAUUCAGGUCAUAUUAACAUGUUUGUGUCCUACACUGCUUUCAGUAAUAAGACUUGGGUGCUGAGGUAUUGUACAA